AUGUCUUCGCCAUCGAGCUCAUCCCAGGGCGGGAAGCGCAAGAGAAACUCCCUUCGCGCAGAGUCGGCCGCUGACCUUGGCGAUAAUGGAAUUCAGACAUCCUCUCGUGAUGCCUCUGGUGAGGAGGGAGACACAACAGCCGCCGAGUCGGGACGACUUCACAGCCGAGGAUCAGCUGUUGGAGGCCCAAUUCCUAAGAGACAGCGCUCUAGCUCGGAUCGUGUCCUCGAAACAGCCGCUGACCACGCCCUGGAUCCUGGCGAGCCAAGCGAUACCACAGAAGCCAGCAUCGACAUUGCUGAACGAGUCGGUCGCAAGGGUCGCAAGCCUUCUCUGAGGGAGCUUGACGAAGAGGAGCAGCGAAGAAUCGAGGCCAUGCCCCCUCCCCCCAUCGGCAAGCUCCAAGAUCCUGCCGGUGGUUACAAGACGAACCCACCUCCUGUUGGCCGACCUGUUCGUGUAUACGCUGAUGGAGUGUUUGAUCUCUUCCACCUUGGCCACAUGCGACAACUCGAGCAGGCCAAGAAGGCCUUUCCUGACACAACGCUCGUCGUUGGAGUCACAGGCGACCACGAAACACACAAGCGCAAAGGUUUGACUGUGAUGUCUGCCGCUGAGCGUGCCGAAACUCUCCGCCACUGCAAAUGGGUCGAUGAGGUAAUCGAGGAUUGCCCAUGGAUUGUUACCCCCGAAUUUCUUGACGAGAACAAGCUCGACUACGUCGCCCACGAUGAUCUUCCUUACGGCGCGGACGAGGGCGAUGACAUCUACCAGCCCAUCAAGGCUGCGGGCAAGUUCCUUGUCACACAGCGAACAGAAGGUGUCAGCACAACUGGUCUCAUCACAAGAAUCGUUCGCGACUACGAGAAGUACAUUGCCCGACAAUUUAAGCGCGGUACUUCCCGCCAGGAGCUCAAUGUGAGCUGGCUCAAGAAGAACGAGCUGGAUCUCAAGCGACAUGUUCAGGACCUGCGGGAAAACAUCACAAACAACUGGACCACUACUGGUCAAGAACUCGGUCGUGAGCUCAAGCAGUUCUGGCCUACUAGCCGUCCUCAGAGCCCCGCCCGAUUUAACAGUGCAGGCAGCUCAGAGGCACUACGUUCCCCAGGUGCUUCUGGAACACCCAAAGAGUUCAUCACUGGCUACGCUCUGGGUCUUGUUGGUGGUGUCCGAGGAUGGAUGACCAAGAGCCGAGGCAAUGUCACCGAUAGUAGCCGACCCCCCAGCGACGAUGAGUCUGAAGAGAGUGAUACACACGCAAAAUCGCCAAAGGACUCAUCAAACACUCCAACCGCGGCUGCAGCUGCAGCCGCUCCUUCGAAGCUAUAA